AUGUCAGGAAAGCGACUUCCCGGAUUCUUGCGUCGAACCAGACGGCGUGACUACCAGGAUUCAGAGGAAGAGGAUUACUUCACAACGGAUGAUGAUGAUGAAUCUCAAGGCAAGGGAAAGAAGAACAAUAAUGCUUCACAAAAGACAAAUGGAAAGCAAGUGAAGUCGUCUGACGCAACAAAAAAUAUUAGCGGAAGCAAAGAUGAUGCUUCCGAAUCGGCAAGUUCCGGAGGAAAUGGCAAGAAAACAACGUCACUGCAAGAUUCCGAUGAUCCAAAAGACGAGGAGACACGAGACAGCUUCAUGUCCAAUGGAACUGCAACUGCUUCCAGGAGUUCUUCCUCUCUAGUCAGAAGCAGCAGUAGCAACGAUAGCGCAAACUUUACAGCGCCUCCUACCAAGCCAGCCAAACGCGCCGCAUCCCGCAGCAGUACUCCUGUCUUGUCCUCUUCUUCGGCCCAUUUCAAUCGUCCCUUGGACCGAAAGUUAAGCUAUCGGGAGUCCAAAUUCGACGUAAUCAUUGCGGAUGAAAACAUCAAAAUGUCGGAACUGUGCAAACUGAGUUGGAAUGGAGUACCGCGUGAAUUCCGAGGCAUGGCCUGGAAAAUCAUGUUGGGUUAUUUGCCCACCAAUGCAAGUCGACGGGCCAAUACGUUGAAGAGAAAACGCAUGGAAUACAAGGAUGCCAUUGCGCAACACUACGACAUUGAUGACAAUGCUCGGACCUUGCAAGAACAAGAAACUCUGAGGCAAGUCUUGGUGGAUGUCCCCAGGACGGCACCCGAAAUUGCCCUCUUUCGGAACGAACGGAUCAAACGAAUUUUGGGUCGUCUGUUGUACAUCUGGGCCAUGCGGCAUCCAGCUUCGUCAUAUGUGCAAGGCAUUAAUGAUUUGGCGACGCCUCUGAUUGCCGUAUUUUUGUCGGACUAUUAUGAAGGAGAUGAUGUUCUGGAUGGGAAUGUCAUGGUUUUGCUUUCCGAAGAGAGUUUGGACGAAGUGGAAGCAGAUGUCUAUUGGUGUUUGACGAAUAUAUUGGCCAAGAUUCAAGAUCAUUACACAGCAGACCAACCAGGUGUCCAGCGAAUGGUCAUGCGGUUGGAAGAAUUGAUCACCCGUAUCGAUGGGAACCUUGCGGAACACUUGAUGGAUGUGGGCAUUCAGUUCAUUCAAUUUUCCUUCAAGUGGAUGAAUUGUCUGUUGUUGCGAGAAUUCAACCUCAAAUGCGUCAUUCGGUUGUGGGAUACCUACAUUUCGGAAGAUGGUUUUGAGGAUUUUCAUGUCUACGUCUGUGCAGCUUUUUUGUGUCAAUUCAGUGCGCAAUUGCAGGCUAUGGAUUUUGAAAAGCUCUUUGCCUUUAUGCAGGAUGUACCUACUGAGAAUUGGGGCGAGACAGAGGUGGAAAUGCUAUUGAGUCAGGCGUAUGUGCUGAGCACACUCUUUGGUGGAAGUGAUGCCCAUUUGACCAGUUCUUCUGCUAGGUAG